AAAAAGCAAAUUGUUUGCUACAAACAUAAUAAGAGAAAAGUUACUCUCUUUAUCUGUCUCUCUCUCUCUCUAUAUAUAUAUAUAUAUAUAAAUCUAUAUAUAUCUCAUUGUAACAUUGUAAUGCGAUGCAAAAGUUUCGACAACAACAACAACAUCAACAACACACACACAACAGAACACACAUCUAUUUUAUUCAUUUAAAGAAUAAGUACGCAAAAACCAACUUAUUAUUAAUAUAUUCUAAAUACCAACAAGAAAACCAAAAACAAAACAAAAAAAAAACAUAAUUAAUAACAACUUAGCUAAUUUUGUGUACAAUGGCUUCGAUAUACACACCCAACACGUCCAUCAGAAUGCAACUAAAACCCUUUAAUUCUACCUCUCUUCCAUGCUCUUCUGUAUCUUUACGCAACGCCCAUCUGGUCCACAACCUGCAGAUGCCAUUGCCCGGUCAUGUGCAGCUAAUGCAGCCCAUGCUGCGACCCGGAACUGUAGCCAUCGGACCUCACGGCGCCCUGAUAGGUGGCAACAUGCUGCGUCCUGGUCCGCUGCCCGGCAUGCCAGCAGGUUUGCUGCCCAUGCAGGCAAUUGGAUAUCCUGGCUUGCCUGCUGGCGCGAUGCCUAUGCCGGGCAUGGGCGUCAUGCUGCCCGGACAUCCGAAUAUGUUGCAGAUGAUGCAGCCGCGUUUCAGAUGAUGCCUGCCCGCUGCUGCGCCCGGACUCUUGCAGGCGCCAACGCAGACGCAUCCACAGCAUGUGCGUUUUCAGCGGGCCGGAUUGCCGGCGCUGCAUCCGCAGGCUCAGGCGCAGGCAUCGCUGGUGGGUUUGCCGCUGCCGUUGCUGUUCCAUGAUUGAGAGGCGUGGCCGCUGCAGAUUAACAAAAACUACAACAACUAGUGCAAAGAAAAAGCAAUCACAACAACUGCAAGCAAGUUUUCAUACUCAAGCUACGCAAUUCCAAAAGCUCUUUUUUAAAUGUAUAACAGUUUUGAGAUACGUACACACACACGUCACACAGUCACAGGUUGCACCCACACACCCACACACACACACAUACAUACACACAGAUACACUAACAGCAAUAUGCGUAGUAAUACUUUAUAUAUGUACGAGUAUCUCCUAGUUGAUGCACUCAAACUUUGCUUUUCGUAAUUGACCAAAUUCUUAACUUUUCUACUAUAUAUAUUUUUUUAACAUCAAUUGGUUAACUGGUAUGUGCACUCUCUGCCUUCUUGCAUAACAACAUACUACAUAUUUGUCAAAACACUAAUCAACACUGUAACAAUUAAACAACACUACGCUGUGUACGUGUGCGAAGGUAUACCGAAGUGAAUCGCAUUGCAUCGCAUCGCUUCUCAUCUGGCGCUCUCUUUGCUAGCACGCGGUUCUCUUUGCUGUACUGUUGCUGUAGUUCUUACUCUCUUUCGCUCAUAUAACUCUCUAUCUCUCUCUCUCUCUCUCUCUAUAUAUAUAUAUCUAUCUCUCUAGUUAUAUUUGUAACUGUAUUUGUACAAUACCAGCAAAUUACAUAAUACUUUAUUUACUAAUAUAAUACCAUAAAUAAUGUAUUUUUGUUUACAUUCUUUUCAUUAUUUUUUCUAUAUAAAUAUUUUUUUAGUUACAUUUAGAGCUCUGGGGCUCAAGCAUUCGUACGCCCCGUCUAAUUUAUAGCCUAAAACAAAAGAAAACACGUAUGUACACGUUGUUAUACUCGCUCACUCACUCUCUCUCUCUCCUUUUUGCCAUGUCUUUAUUCUCAGAUAGAAACGAAACCGUACGCUCCCCCCGGGUAAGAAUCGGGCAAUUAUUUAAAUACAUUAUAGAAAUACAUAUAUUGUAAUAUUGUGUGCGAAUUUGUAUUGUCUGUGCGUAGCUAUUUUUUUUAGUUAAAUGUCCAAUGUGCGAUGCUCCACAACUGUUAUACAUACUGUUAUACAAUAUGAAUAUAUGUAACCCAUAACUGCAUUUAUGUGCCCCCUUUCCCCCCGCUCUGUGACAUAAAAACCAAAAGUUAAAAAAAAAACCGUCGUCUCUCAUCCACUCGUUACUCGUUACCCGUUAUCCGUUACUCGUUACUCGUACUCGUUAGCCGCUGACAAAACUACUCGUAAGUUAUGUACAAAUUUUUAUUCAACAACAAAAAAAAAAGUAUUUGUUUUUCGUUUUGAACACACUUUGUUUCGUUUUGGUCAGCAUCAAUGCGAUGCGCGCAGCCCACAAUCAGGUAUCUACAUCAUUUUCUUUUAUUAUUCAUUUAUACAUAAUAUCCUAAAUAAUUUGUCUUGGUUAUGGUAUCGUACUAAUCAAAAUCAAAAUCAAAAUCCAUUCAAAAAUCAAUAGUUAUUAAAAUAGUUCUUUCAACGUUUCCAGUUAAAUACCGCACAUUGUUAGUAAGUACAUUCAUUAUAGUUUACUAUUUGUUUCGAUCUAUAUAACUAGCAAUCCAUAGUUAGUUCCUUCGUUAAUGUAGUGCUCUUCCAUUGGUUCACAGACUCCAUAACUUUAGCUUCCUAGGCAACAAAAGUUUAACACAAUCAGGCUGAGGCUUUAUUAGUGGCUAUUACUCAAGUCCACAUCUAUAACUACGUAUAAUUAGAUAUUUAGCUGCUAAGUUGUUCACUCAAUUCAUUGUUUUUCUAUUGUAGCUUGAAAACCGAAGGGUGUAGUACACUAUAUAUAUAUAUGUAUGAAUUGAGUUCUGGCAUGAUUUCAGAAUCGGUCUGAACAGAAUACUCUUUCCCAGUGUUAGCCUAGGCUAGUCAAAUUUUAGCACACACCGCCCCCAACCGCCCCUAACUAUCAAAUACCAUACCACACUAACUUGUAUUUAUAACUCAUAUAUCCUAUAUCGUAUACCUAUAUAUCUCCAUAUAUAUAUGUAACUGUAACUAUAUAGCAUAAGCGUAAGCAAAGACAAGUGAAAAAACUGCCAAUUUUGACGGUUUUGUACCGUUAGUUUGGCCAGUUUAGCGCAAAAUUGAUGUUGGACUCUCGGGUCUGGCAUUUUCGCCGCAUCGCUUUCCGAUGCCCCGCCCCUUCCCCUGAUCCAGUGGGCUGGUGGUGUUAUGCGAUGUUAGAACGGCGUGCUUCAGACGAGUGUACCUCAAUGCGGGACAGACAGAAGUCGGUAAUUAAUUGGUGGCUACUUACACACCCACACACACACGCACAUACUCAUAACUACUAGUUAAGUACUUGACAAGAACUAUCGUAUCUCUAAUUGUGAACGCAUCUGUAAAUAUAUUUUUGAUGGCCGCGUUUUGUAAUUGUUUUUUCGUAAACCUAUACUUAAUGGAUUUUUCAUAAUAUCCAAAUCUAUUUAUUCUUAUUUUGAUUUAUUGGUGACGGUCAUAGUUUGAUUAUUUAGCUGAACUAGUUUAUUAUUAUACUCUUGCAGAUAUUGAUCAUAAAAUAUUUCAGCGUUUUCCAUGUUAAUAGCUAUGUCCGUCUAUUUCUGAGAGUUAUUUAUAAAACCUUGCAUAGUUCCAAUUGUUUGGGAAGAAACGAUCAAAAUUUAACGCUUGUUAGUUUUCUCUUUUUUUUUCAAAAUUUCGAUGAGGACCAUUUUAUUUAAAUCGAACUAUUGAUAUUUUUCCUUAUUGGUUAACAAAGCUUUCAUAAGAUGAAUUUUUGUUGGCCUUUUUUUGUUGAAUAUUCCUUUUAUUUAGAUGUAUUGAUCAAUUUUAGAUUUGCGCGCUGUUAUUUGACUGCAAGGGUAUUUCAAUUUCGGCCAUCCGAAGAUAACUUUUCUUACUCGUUUUCAUUUUUUGAUCUAUAUUUUGUACCAUAUAUUGUACAAUAACUAAUCGUAAGCUGCACGCGUUUAUUUAAAGUACAAAAACCGAACUAAGUAGUUUCUUAUAGGUGUGUGUUUUAUCUUAUACGUCGAGCCACCAAUGUCUGUCCUUAGCGCUGGGCGACACGCGAGUAGCUGGACAAAGCGCAGAUCUCAAUACACACUCAACACUCUAUACCCUACUAAAAAACAAUCUGUAAUUGAUCUGCGCGUCCAGUCGAAAGCGUGUCACAUUAAUUUUGCUGAGCGAAAAGUUCCCUGCGUCCAACUCUCUCUCUUUCUCCCAAAUUGAGUGCGUUUUAAGUGCGACUCAACUUGUCCCUUAUCCACACACACACACACACACACACACAACUCUUUUAACGACGCAGGCGAUGUGCUGCCCCCUAUUUUUUUUACCACCUCUUCCCCCGCGCCAUAAUGCACAUCACAGUUGCCUAACACAACUGUUGGACUUUUCGGUCCUUGUCUUGCAAGAGCUCUAAUACUUAUAUAUCUCUAUACACACACACUCACUCACUCACUCACUCACACACACACAAAUGCAUACCGCAGGAGGCGUUCACGAUGACCACGCCCACAUCAUUUGUAAAGCAUCGCAAGCGCAGGCAUCAAACAGUUUGUGUUUUUAAUGUUAAUUGUGAUUAAAAAUUUUUUCUUAUGGAUUAUGGAUUUUGCUAUUUUUGAUGUCCCCUACUUGGUUUUUCGCCCGAUAACAAUUUCGAUAACAAUUUCGAUAAAUAUGCUUUAAAAGUAAACGCGGCGGCGUUCAACAAUCAACAAGUCUAGUUUAAACCUUUGCCAAAGAUGAUUUUUGUGCGCCGCCCCAGCGCACUUUCGAACUCAAGGUAUAUCCUAUAUGUCAUAUUUAUAUAAUUGAUAUUGAUAUAUUAAUUGAUCAAAUAAUACGUUUACAAGCUUUGAUUCGUUUGUUUUUUUUUUUUUUUGUUGCAUUUAACUAAAGCCUACAAAAUAAGCGUAUUUUUGUAAUGUUUUUUUGUGAACAUGGUUUGUUCUUUCUGCUAAUUACAAUCUAUAAACAAUUUACUACACGAAUACUUAGCUAAUGCAAUUAAUAUUUAGUGCAAAUGCAUAAAAUCAAAAUAAACAAAAUUGAAUACAUUGCGUAUGUUAAAAGUUUUAAAUGUUGUAAUGAGUAAAGAACACAAAAAAAAUAUACAUUUUAGCGUUUGUACAAGAAAUGUUUCUACCAAAAAAAAGAUAUAUAUAUAUAUAUAUAAACAUACACAACAUACUUUAAGCAUAACAACAAACAGGUUAUAUAAGCAAUAGUUUAAAGUCCUUUUAAACGAAAAAAAAAAAAAAAAACAAAUCGCAUACUGAUAAUAUUUCUAGUUUA